GUGUGGCAAAGCGAGAAGCAGUUCAACCUGAUCAGCAAGUACAUUCGCGAGGGGCAUAAGGUGUGCGAAAAAUGGAACGAAAAUCUACUAGAUUGGACCGGCACGGACUGGAAAGCGCCGGGGUUGCUGCAUCAGUGGAACGGGGAGCCGAUGAGAGACACGUAGAGAUGUUGGCAGUUGUCGAGGUUUUCACUGCAAGUGCAAGCUCAUUACUAGUACCUUUUUUCGCACGACCAGCAGAGAAGAUAGAAGCCUACUUUCGCGUCAGUGUGUACGGAGCUUCAUUUGUUCAUCAACCAAUCUACCAGGUUUAUGCAGAAUCUCGCCGCCCGCGUGCACCAAGUCGCGGAGAUUCGCACCCAGCACGAUCAGAUUUUGAAGCUCUGUCCCCCGGACCAGCAGGGCGGCCAGGUUUUUAGCGGAAACAACGUUUUCGACUCGUUUCAGAAGGUCUCCACGUUCAUGUGCAACGACUACACGCUCCCGCUUUGGAACGCGGCGGUGGAAGAUUACGAGAAGAAAAUGGCACCGCUGGAAGGAAUCGUGGCGGAGAGGUUACGGAAAGAACUCUUCCCGGCGACAGGCUCCAGCUCUUUAUCGUCCGGUUCAGCCGGUGGACAACUAAACUCGAUGGACAUAGAAGGAGCAGACAGCAAUGCGCUGCACAACACGACGAAGCAGUCGACCAACACCAACCCAACCCAGUCUGUCCGCGUGUUUCAGCGCUACGGGUCGAUUCUGGAGCGGACCAACGUGCGGAACGCGCUGACGAACGAGAGGGAGAAGGUUUUGGCGGAAAUUUCAGAUUUUUUGGAACGAAUAAAGUCCGAAUUCGACCUGGAGGACAUGGCGCAGGACGUUCCCCUCGGCCGCAACUUUUCGCUGUACUUGCGGAAGGUGCUUUGGCUGGAGCAACUGCGGACGAAAUCGGAGACCGUGUUGCGCCCGAUGCUCUCCGGGUUCCUGAAGGACUUGCCGCAAACAAGCCGCGUCGCCCAGAACUGCAAGAAAUUACGGCAGGAAUUGAAGGACGCGAAGCAGCGUUGUUUCAAGGACUGGGAGGAGGAAAUGGACCACGCUUUGAGCCAGCAGAACAACUAUUCCCUUCAGCUCCAGGGCAAAGUGAUGGAAUUUGACACGAGUAAGCAAGGUGCCUUGAAGAUCACCUACCCGGAGCAGCUGGUGCAUUUGAUCAAGGAAGUGCGGUUGUUCGAGCAGAUGGGCUUCAACGUGUCGAAGUCGGUGAAGAAGCAGGUCGAUUUAGGGCUGAAAUUCUACCGGUUCGCGGUGCAACUGAAACAAAUCUGCAACUUCCACAACCACCUGGGCGCGGAGAUUCUUGCCUGUCAAAAACUACUCGUGCUAAACGCGGCGGUGCGAUUUGAAAAGCUGUUCUCCGACUCCUCCACUUCCUCCUCGGGGAUUUCGAAGAUGCAGUGGGACAGCGUGGACAAGCUCGAGGACUUCACGAUCCGCGUGAAGGACGGUGCCGGGAAAUUGAGGUCGUUGAACCGGAAGCUGCGGCUUGCGCACAACAGCAUCUGCGAACUGGUUUUGUCCCUGGCGAAUGUGUCUUUAUUGAAGCAACGGGAGCAGUGGAAGUUGAAGUUGCAGGAAAUCUCGAAAGUGAUCACCAACACGUCCGCGAUUUGCGACAUUUCCGACCCGAACGAACUCGAACUGGCGACGAAGCCGUGGUAUCAAAUGUAAAAAUGUCUGGGUCUGGAAGAAUGCAACUUGUCAUGCUGUUUUUGGACUCUAAAAAACUUUUGUAUUGCAUGACCAGCAAGAGCAGGGGUGCAAUUUGUGCUACACGGACAGGGCAUUUCUCAUGCGGAAGGUGCAUCAGGAAGCCCUCUAAAAGUCUGCGAUGCUAGGUCAUGCAUUACAGUCAUCAUGGGUCAUGACAAAUAUGCAUGACAAAUCUUCAUUCUCCCAGACCCAGACACUUUUGCACUUGAUACGUGGCGGGCGUUCUGGGACUACCAGCUGUUCAAGAUUCUCGAGUGCCAGUACCGACUCGGGUUGGAGUCCUUGAACGAAUCGCUGCCCGAAAUGAAGGCGGACUUGGUCUUUGGGGACAACAAGAUCAAGCUGAAGCCGCCCCUUGAGGAGCUGAAAACGAAUUACUACAAGGAAAUCAAGCAAUUCGUCCAGCUCCCGCAGAUGUUCAAGGGCCUGGAGGGCGCCGGCCACAUCUUCGCCUCGGUCACAACGAGAAACCCGGAUUCCUUGCUGACGGUUUUUCAAAAAGGCGAGAAUCUCUUUUCCAAAGUCAACGACAAAAUCUCCGACGCAAGUGGUGAUCCGAGUACUACUUCUGCUAAAGGUGGUAAAGACCCUUCAAAAGUUGUACAAGCAAGACAGUCGGACCUGAACCUGGGCGAAUUCCUGAAGUUCGGGCAGCACUGGGAGCAGACGCAGCUGCUGGUUGAGAAGUUUGACGACACAAAGGAAUUCGACUUGAAUUUCAAGUUCAUCAAGCAGAAGAAGAAGGAGGUGGAGAAAAUCCCGGACGUGAUAAAGAUUGACUGCUUGAAACUGUCGACGGUCUUGCUGAAAUCGACGAUCGAAGACCAACUGGACAAAUUUUCCGACUUAUUGAUCAUCACGUUAAAGAAGCAGGUGAACACGAAGAUCAAGGAGAAAAUGGACUUUUUCGAGCAAAGCUUGGAAAAGCUGAACGUCCGCCCCGACUCCGUUUCCGAGCUCGGGCAGGCGCAGGCGGAAGCGGCGAAACUGAUCGAAAAACAGGAGGAGGUGAAGAGGGAGUUGAACGAUCUGGAGGACAAAGCGCGGCUCUUGAAGUCCGUGUACUCCCAAGCUUUCAACCAAUCGGGCGCGGAGGGGGAGAAGAUGGUCUUACUGCACGAGAAGUACGACGAAUUCGAACUCCGGUUGCAGACAUUCGAGACCUUAGCGGCGGAACUGCGGGAGGAGCUGCUGUCGAAAAUGACGGACAGGGUCGCGAACAUGAAUUUAGAAAUCGAGAAGUUCGAGUCUAAGUGGCAAGCCUUGAAACCGAAACUUUCCACGAGUACUGCGAAAACCAUCACGUUGGUGGAAGCGCGGGAAAACGCGGAACAGAUGGAGAAAUCCUGGCUCAUCGAAUGGGAGGUGUUGAAGUAUCCUGUGUAAAAACGUCCCCACCCCAGAGUUGUCAUGCAAAUGUGCAAUGACAGGAACAUUUGUAGUGCGGAUCUGCAUGAGAGGCAUUUCCAAUCGUGUUUUGGACUUUGUAAUGCUGUAAACAGGAUGAGAGGCUGGCUUUCUUAUGCGGCUGCCCUUGCUAAACAGCACGACGUUACAGAUGGAAACUUGCCAUGCAAAACUCCCAAAAAAUGGAGAUUUGUGUUGCAGAUUUACUAAGUUGUCAAUUGACCAUGGGGUGGGGACGUUUUUACACAGGAUAUGAAGACGGAACUCGAUCAGCUGUUAUCCGAUUGUCGGGACUUCGGAUUACCAAAACCCGAUUUGAUCGACUACGAACCGCUGGAAAAGGAUUUGACGAAGCAGCAGGCCUCCUGGAGUAUGCACUGCAAAAGUAUCGUACAAGUAUAAAUUGGAAUUGCAUUACAAAUUUUCCCAAGAACAAAAAUGCAAUUUGUCAUGCUAUUUCACGUAGAAAGUUGGAUUUGUCAUGCAUAUCUGCAAUCAGUACGAGUGGGAUACUUUUGCACAGGAUAUGGAGUCUGUUCCAGCAAUUCAUCGAGGAAGUGGACGAGUUAUCGAAGCAGUUGUGGUAUCAAAUGUACAAAUGUCUGGGUCUGGAAAAAUGCAACUUGUGAUGCUGCAUUUGGAUUCCAAAGAAACCUGUACUGCAUGAGCAGCAAAAUGAGUGUAUUUUUUGCUUCGGGGAGAGGGCAUUUGUCAUGCGGACUAGGCAUCAAGAAGCCCAGGAAAAAUCUGUGAUGCCAGGGCAUGCGUCGCAGACAUUACGACUCAUGAAAAACCGCAUGACAAGUUUCAGAAUCCUCCAGACCCAGACACUUUUGCAAUCCAUAUGUGGAUCGAAUUUCGCCCGAGGUUGUUCAAAUUCCCGGAUUUGUGCAUCGCCUGGGAAACGAAGCUGCGCGAGAUCAUGGCGGUGGGUGGCAUAAAGGAACAAACAGUUUCUGAUCAUACUGCAACCGCGAAGGAGAAGGACAAAGACACCACAGCUGCGACCACCGCCGCAGGAAGUGGUGCAAGCAAUAAGCAGCCGAAACUGAUUCCCAUCGACAAUGCGGUGAUUGCGAUUCUCGCCGAGCAGAUUUCGAAACUGCGGCAAGCCCACUCCGUGCUGAAAUCCAUGACGGGCGAGGCCUUCGAGAAGGAGCACUGGCGGUUGCUGUUUCAAAUGCUACACUUAGAUAGCACGAUUAGCAUAAACAACGUGCAGGUUUUUCACUUCAUACAAAAACUCGAAUUAAUGCUCCAGAACGAGGCGAAGAUCAAGGAACUCGCGGCGCGCGCACUGGGCGAGGUGACCAUUCGCGAGGCUUUGAUGGAAAUCACGUCCUGGUUAGAGCUGACCGUUUUCGAAUUCACGUUUCACACCACGAAUGACGGCUCGAAUUUCCAAGUGCCCCUGGUGAAGGAGUGGAAAGACCUACUCUCCGCGGUGUCCGACAAACAGGCCCUGUGCAACAGCUUGAAGGACAGCCGGUACUUCGCGAGCUUCAAGGACCAGACGGAGUCGUACUCGGAAAAGCUGGCUUUGCUCGACCAGACGUUGCUUCUGAUGAACAAGGUGCAGCGGAAAUACGUGUAUCUCGAGCCGAUUUUCGCCCGGGGGGCUUUGCCGAAGGAACGGGAACGGUUCGAGCGGGUGAACCGCGAUUACAAGCAGAUGAUGAAGAACUUCCACCAGGCGAAGAAAGUGCAGUAUAUCUGCCAAAUCCGCGGGAUAGCGGAACAAUUCAUCUCCUUACAGGAUCAGUUGGACCGGUGUCAGAAGGCUUUGAACACGUACUUGGAGGAAAAGCGGCAGUUUUUCCCGCGCCUGUACUUCCUCGGGGACGAAGAUUUACUGGAAAUUCUCGGCCAGAGCUCCAACCCGGCCGUGAUCCAAACGCAUCUGAAAAAGCUGUUCAUGGGGAUCCACAGUGUCGAGUUCGAACCGAAGACGAAGCGGAUUUUGUGCAUGAAAAGCUCCCUGAAUGAGGUUGUGGAGCUGGUCAACCCCAUCGCGGUGCUGCAGGACGGGAAUAACAGUUUCGACGAUGACGGGAGGAAAAACGACCCGCGGCCGGUGGAGCAGUGGCUGUCGGAACUCGCCGCGCAGAUGGUGAAAACUUUGUCGACGAACCUGAACAAGUGCCUGCAGAACGGAAACGACUUAAACCUCGGGAAGUUCCCGUCGCAAAUCCUCAACCUCUCCGGGGAGAUUUUGUUCACGAACCAGUGCGAGAAUGCGAUCCAGACGAGGCAAAUUCCGCAACUGCAGCAGAAACUGAUGCAGGAUUUGCAGCAGUUGACCAGUUUAAAAGCGCAGAAAGCGAAGGACGUUUUGCAACAAGCGAAGUUGAAGGCGUUAAUUCUCGACGUGAUUCAUCAGAGAACGGUUUUGGACGACAUUGUGAACUGCCACAGUCUCCACGACUGGCCGUGGUACCGGCAGCUGAAGUACUACAAUCUGAGCACGAAGACGGAAGCGCGGAUGCUCGAAGCGAAGCAGAACUACACCUUUGAGUACCAAGGGAAUUUUCCGAAACUC